AUGAACUCCGAGCCUCGAGACGAAGACCUCCUCGAUCCAGCCACCACUGAGCGCAAGAUCUACAUAGAGCGUAGCACCGGCCUCGAGCGCGAGAUAUGGCGCCCUGGAGAUGGCGACGGUGACCAAGGCACCGACUACUUCGAUCGGCCGGGCCCUCCACUUCCACUUGAGAAGCGCUGGCGACUAUUCCAGAGCGACAUCGGCACCAUCACUGUCAAGAACCAACCGCCCAGGUUUGUUAUGCUCGACGAUCGAGCAGUCCACGAGGUCCUCGAAUCAGACCUCCCACGCGCGAAGCUCUCACAGAACUGGCCACACGAGUUCGGUGGUCCAGCCAAAAUCCGCACUCGACGUAUUCAUCGUGGCCGACCUGCCAUCAAGGAUUCAAACGCCGAAGGAAAUGCCAAGUAUCACACUGGUGCCACAGGAGGCGGCAGAGAGCCAUAUAUUCUGUCCGGUGAGAGGGACUACCAGCCUGUGCUCUAUCGUUACGAGCCUCCUGGAUUGGAUGGGUCGAAGUUCAAACGCAAACGCAUGCCGUCUUCAACUUCAGAAGAGUACAACCCAAGAGGCCACGGACACAACCAGUACACGCCGAAAGACAUGCUGGUCAAGAAUGGCGCAACGUCAUUCAGUCUGAAGGAGAAGAAGACGCAUUUGCCACGCCCAAGCAAUCCCUUUUCCACAGGGUCAACAUCGCCAUUCGGGAUGUCGCCCGCGGAGCCGUCGAUGGGUAUGAGUCUAGAGAACGGCACGCCACGCGACAGUGAGUCUCUGGGCCCAUUCGACCCGAGCGAGGUCCCACCGAACAUGGGCUACAUCGAACGUCGAACCUUCGAGCAAAAGCUCGCGGCUCAAAUCCUAAGUGGCACUCAGACGGAGGACGAUGUGAAGAAGGUUGCAGGCGAACUGUCAAAGGCUCACGUCAAGAUCAGACAACAGACUCACGAACUCGAGCACCUCAAAGGAGCCCUGGCCGUGGAUCCAAAUGAGAGCGCUUUGAAGGCUGAGAACAAAAGGCUCAAGGCACAAGUCGCCAGAAACGAGCAGAAGACAUCCCAGCAAGCUGCAGAGAUCGCUUCGUUGAAAGAAGAGGUCAACGAUGGCAAAGCAAAAGAAGCUGCUCUCCAACGGGAGAUCGAUGCAGUGCGUCAGGGCCAGUGGUGGCAUACAGGCUAA